AUGCAGAGAUUAAGAAAAGAGAAGCGCUCGAAUUCACUUGCAAAUCUCUUAAUCAAGCUUGAACGCCGUACAAAAUGUCUAAGCUUGAAUGAGGAGCUAAAAAGAUUGAAAGAUGAGCAAAUUAGCAAAGAGGAUGAGCAUAAGAAGGAAAUGGAAUUGUGUAAGAAAGAGUAUGCUGCUAAGGUUGGAGAAUUAGAGACCCAAAUCAGAGGCUUUCUACUUGAGAAGGCAACAAAUGAAGCAACUGUGAAUCACCUCAGACAAGAUUUAGCUGCGCAUAAAGCUCAUAUGCAAACUCUAGCAAACAGGUUGGACCGUGUGGCUUUCGAGGUGGAAUCAAAAUAUCAUCUUGAGCUUCAGGAUUUGAAGGAUUGCCUCAUGGUUGAACAGGAAGAGAAAAAUGAGUUGAAUAAGAAAGUUAAGGGUUUGGAAAAGGAAUUGCUGAUCAGCAAAACAAAGCAGGUUGAACAUCAGCAAGAUUUGGCUUCCAGUCGACUUGUUGAAACACUUAAACAGAAGAUUAUGAAACUGAGAAAGGAGAACGAAAUUCUGAAAAGGAAGCUUUGUCGUUUAGAAGAGGGCUAA